AUGCCAGGCGCCCUCAAACUCACCAAAUUCACUAUCCUUCACGCCCACAAACCCUACAAAUUCCUCAACAAUUUCCCUACAUCCGCCUUCCCAUCCACCGCCGUCUCCGUCUCCGUCAAUUCGAGACGAAUCCCAUCGCUCAAGUACUUGUCAGGCAGGUGCUGCGGGGUAGCCCCAUGCUCAGCCGCCGCGCAUUUCGACGAUACGCUUGGAUUUCGCCAUAGCCGGAGACACGGCCAGAAUAUAUGCUUCUACACGUCCGAACCUAGGAACAGCGGCCGAGACGGCCGUUCACAUCGCGGGAAGAGCGAUCAUUGUGGGACCCAGAUGGGUGCAACCGUUCACGGCAAGGGAGGAGGCGAAUACGAUCAAUCAGACGCGUCGCCGCCUUCAGAAUACGGCGAGAAGCCUCCGGUGGAUCCGACUAAGUUGCUCACUUUGCCUACGAUAUUGACGAUUGGUCGCGUGGCCGCUGUGCCGCUGCUCGUCUACACAUUUUAUGUUGAGAGCUGGUGGGGACCAAAUGCCACUGUAGGAAUUUUCCUUGCCGCUGCCACUACAGAUUGGCUUGAUGGAUACCUAGCGAGAAAGAUGAAGUUGGGUACUCAAUUUGGUGCAUUUUUGGAUCCAGUGGCUGAUAAGCUGAUGGUAGCUGCUACAUUGAUAUUGUUGUGUACCAGACCAUUUGAAGCUGGAAUGUUUGGGCAAGCUCCAUGGUUAUUGACAGUGCCUGCAAUUGUCGUAAUCGGUAGGGAGAUCACCAUGUCUGCUGUCAGAGAAUGGGCUGCUUCUAAGGACAAAAAGCUUCUAGAGGCUGUUGCGGUUAAUAAUCUAGGAAAAUGGAAAACUGCCACUCAGAUGACUGCAUUGACCAUCCUUUUAGCAGCCAGAGAUGGAAGUCUUGUAGGCGCUGGAACUCUUGUGUCUUCAGGGGUAUUGCUACUCUAUGUUUCAGCAUGGCUAUCCUUAUGGUCACUGGUUGUGUACAUGAGAAAGAUAUGGAAAGUGCUGCUUCUGUAG